AUGCCCAUGGAUUCUCAACCAGACGCUGCCGCCGCUGCCGCUGAAAACACUUAUAGUUACCUAGUGAUUGAUGCUGAUAGUACCGGCGACAUUCCCAUGGACCCUUUCAUGGGUUUGAUGGGCAAUGAUAGCAGUCCAGCCCGGGACCAAUGGCUUGCCCCAUUGGAUCAGGGGUCUAUCACCGAGCGCCCAAGCAGUCCGGCUAAUGAAGAAAUCAUAACGGCCUAUCAGAAGAUGGCUUGCUUUUGUGAGCAUAUUGAGCCGUGGCAUCUCUAUGACCCUCAAACACCGCUACACUACAUUGUAGCCCGUAUCAAGGGUUUUACGACUGACGUCGCCACACGCAACGCCACGCCUUUCCUGCACCGCUACCUCUACAGAGACCAUGCACCACAAUGCAUCCUGUCGUGCUUCACCGCCAAUGUCCUCUACACGAACCGCACAGAAGCAAACACAGCUAUGGUUAUGCGGGUGCUGCACAGCAGCAUACGGGAACUCGUCGACACCGAAGCCGGCCGUGUCGUACCAACGCCGGCCGAGAAGCUCGCCCGUGCCCAGACGCUCUUCCUGUACCAGAUAAUCCGCCUGUUUGAUGGCGAUAUCAUUCUGCGCGCACAAGAUGACCCAGGUCCGUGGGCCUAUGUUCACCGCUGGACGCUUUCCCGUCAUCUGUGGGAAGCGAAUUCUUCGUUCAUGUUUGAUCGCAUGUGGAAAGAAAAGCCUCAUUACAUGAUAAACAACUACUCAUUCGGCAAUUUUCUCGACUAUGGAAGAGGCGAGGAUGUAGACGAGUUUGCCGAGAUCCUUUUGAGCGUUUACAUGGGAGUAGACGAGACAAAAAGGUUCAUCCCCGGAAAUGAAGCCGAAAGACAAGGUACAUUUCCGGGUCCGUAA